AUGAAGGUUUUCUCCAACACCUCAUUAGAAGUAAUAGAUUUGUCCAACAACAAAUUUGGAGGGCUAAUUCCACUUUUGUCUCCUGUCACAGUGUAUUACUCCAUUGCAAAUAAUGUUUUAAUAGGAAGGAUCCCUUCUUUGAUAUGCAACGCCACCAAUCUCGAGAUGAUCGACUUGUCUAACAACAGCUUAAUUGGUAGCUUGCCCUGGUGCUUAACAAAUUUUAGCAUUGGUCUCUCGGUUUUGAACUUGGGAAUGAAUCACUUGGAGGGCACAAUUCCACAAACCAUUUCUUUGAUAGAUGGAUUGACGACUCUUGACUUGAGCCGAAAUCGGUUUGAAGGGACAUUGCCCCGGUCCCUUGUCAAUUGUACAAAUCUGGAAAUUUUAGAUCUCAGUAUCAAUCAGAUGGAGGAUGCAUUCCCGACAUGGUUAGGAAAACUUCCAAAACUGAAAGUUCUCAUUUUGAGAUCCAAUAAUUUGAAGGGUCCUUUGAACAUUCCGAAGGGAGAUCUCAUCUUUACAAAAUUGCGCAUAUUGGAUCUCUCAAACAACAACUUUUGCGGUCCUUUACCAGCCAACUUGAUAAUGAACCUUGAAGGCAUGAAGAAUACAGAAGAUGGGCGACACGGACCAUUGUACAUGACACAGGAUUCCUUUUCCUCCGGGGUGUCAUAUGAAAAUAGCGUGACUGUGAUGAUGAAAGGGAAAGAGACAAAGCUAGUGAAGAUCUUGACCAUCUUCACAUCCAUUGACUUAUCACACAACUUUUUCCAAGGAGACAUUCCCAAAGUUUUUGGCCAUCUUCGCUAUCUCAUAGGGCUCAACCUUUCUCACAACCACCUUACGAGUUCCAUCCCUUUGACUUUAGGAAACUUGACUAAUAUUGGAUGGCUUGAUUUAUCUUCGAACAUGCUUAGUGGGAGAAUUCCUAGAGCAUUGGGAGAUUUGACAUAUCUUGGGUACUUAAACCUCUCGAAGAACCAACUUAUUGGUCGAAUUCCUCAAGACAAACAAUUGAGCACAUUUUCAAACGACUCGUUUAGUGGGAAUCCAGGCUUAUGUGGAACUCCAUUGCCAAAAGCAUGCCCUGGCGAUGCUCAGCUUCCUCCACCAUCAUCCUCAUCAACUCUGGACCACAAAGGACAUGAGAGUUGGUUCAAACAGAAAGUAGCGUGGAUUGGUUAUGCUUCUGGAAUUGUCAUUGGGAUUUCCAUAGCAUACAUUGCAAUUGAAACAGGAUGGCCCAAAUGGCUCGCGCGAGGCGUGAGAAUGCUGGAGAGAAGUGCAGUCCAAUGGAUGGAGAAGCCAGAUCGGAGGGCCAUCAAGUUUCAUGGAUGGUGA